AUGGGAUGUGGGGGCUCAACUCCCGUCACGGUUAAAUCACCACCGCCAAGAACACCUACUCCACCUCCUCCACCACCCAGAGAGACAACUGCAGAUUUUGCCUCUGAUUGUAUUGAUAUACAGAUAGACAAAGGGAAAGAUGAGAACGAAAUACAAGCUAAGGAAGAUGGGUAUCCUGAGCCAACACCAUCAGAUCAGGUGGACGGACGUAUUAAACCCAAAGACAAAUGGUUUGAAGAUGAAGAUUUCAACAAUGCUAGCGAUGACGCUGAUUUAUUCAAAACAGAAAUUGCCGUCGACGACGAUGACAUUGAUAUAGACACUUUGUCCGAUACAGCAAGUUAUACCUCAAAUCCUACAAGAAGCGCAAGGCCCAAUCUCCUGUUUGAUGACGUUGACAACCAUGCAAAAUUAGCAAGUUCGUCGCAUCUAGACUCUUUCAAGGAUCUUGUUCAGUAUCUCAAGAAACCAUUCGAAAAUGACAGAUUCAAGAACAUGAAAACUGCCCGAGCUAUUGUAGCAUGGAUGAGCAAUCGACCGAUGGAUGGUGUGGACUAUGGUGUAGCAACAACUGAUACACCACGCGGUCUUAUGCAGUAUCUCAAAGAGAAUAGGAUGACAUACACAACGUGUUACACCAUAUUAUGCAGGUAGGCCAGACGGAUACGUUGUCAUUUAGAUUCAUGCGGAUUUAAUUUUUUAAUCAAUACUAAUUUAUUUUAGGACGAUUGUGAAGCAAGGUUUACAACUUAUCUUAAUUACGCACGACACCUCACUCCUGAUGGAUUACAUCGCUACGCGGGCAUGAGAGAAGCCAGAUUUCCUUUUUAUGCUGAGCGCUAAGCUAGUGAGCUACUGAUACCAUUUUUCAUGUCUUUGGUUUGACGCGGCCAGGGAUCGGGCCCAUGACCUCCCGUAUUCGAUGCGGAGGCUCUACCACUAGGCUAUCGAUUUUUUUCGAUUUAGAAAUAAUAUAAAGUUCUAUUCUAAUGAAAAGCAUAAAAACAAUUAUCAUUUCACUGUAAUCUGUACGAAUCUUGUACAUCAUUAGUAAUACAUUUUUGUUCUAACGUUGUUUUCUUCAAAAAUUUAUUUAUAGUAAGAAACAGUCUGUGUGGAUUUAUCAUCAUUAAUUAAAUGUUCGUUACUUUGUAUUUAAUUUUAUGUAUUUAUACAAACAUUUAUUGUUAUUGAACUUAAUUUGAAAUUUAGUUUACAUUGAUUUAGGAAUGCUAAAACCCCUGAUUAAGUCAGGUAAAUAUAUAUUUGAUAUAUAAAGAUACACAAAGAUACAGUAAGAUUUUUUUUAUUUCGUUCAAAAUUCAUAAGUAUGAGCCCAAAUAAAUUUAUCAUUUCAUGUCACACCAGUGCUAAUCA